AUGCUUGCGAGAAUUGGAGUUAGAUUGGGUGCUCAAGAUUGGCUCGGAUUGAUUUACCAAGACUCAUAUGAGUUGUUCACUAGUGGCAUGGUUGUCAGUGACCCUCCGCUCGACGUUUUAGAGACUCCCAAUUUACUGCUUUCCUUACUCGACUGUGGUUCUCAUCGUAGGGUCCAGGGGUUUGAGCUCCAGCUUCAGUCCCGCAAUGGCUUCGGUGGCUCUUCGGAAGCUAAAAAUACAAGCGUUCGACUAGGGCAAGCGAAAUGCCAGGAGGAUCCGAGUGUUUGCAAGAUGUCGUCGGAUACAAGAGCGUUGGCUGACGGCGGAAUAGAGGGGCUGGGAAAUCGAUGCCCUGAGAACUUCGACAUGCUCCGGACACGAUCACGAAAUAUCAUUUUGUUGAAUCAAGAGCAGACAAGGUACCGGAUGGUCCCACGAGAAGGUCUUGCCAUGCUCAAUACGGAUCCGGAGACACUGUCCUCAACAGACACCGCUCGCCAGGGCAGAGGUGCAAUGUCGAGCAGCGCAAUACGAUACCAAGGCCCAAUCUCGUUGGGCCAGGUUCUGCGUAUGGCCUGUGCAGCCAGUUCCACGGCGAGAAUUGCACACCAAGGCGGGUUCCUUACGAAUAAUAAAGAAAAUGUCGGCUCUCCAACUGCUACGUCUCGCCGCAAAAGGGCGAGGUUGGGGAACCGCAUCUGGCCGCUGCAGGUACACUUGGCACCAGAUGCUGGAAAGCGAUGUAAUUGGCCAAUAAUUCAGACGGCUCACGGGAUGACGAUCCACUCACCUCAAUGUUUAUGUACCAGCCUCCUCAGGCUUCGCCCAGCCACACGAGAGCACAUCCCCAACCACACCAAUUUUGAACUCCAGCAAAACUAUCUGCAAGGGAAGAAGACAUACACCGCUAAGCUACACCUUUUCUCCUACUCACAUCACUUUACUGCACUCUUUGCAUUCCUGAGCUACCGAAACUAUCGUCCAUUCUUCGGUACCUCGAUUCCCGACUUCUACAUAUCUCGACCCGCCCGCAUAUUUGUCUGCGUCCAAGCCGUCGCUCGCUCGAUCCGCAUUCUUUCACAAGAUCUUCGUGCAUUCCUCCGAAGACGCUCGCUCGUGCUGAGCAUUCCUUCCACCGGUUUCCUCCCGGCCCUUCGGGAGCCGCAGGAGAUAUCACAUUCCAGUUGA